AUGGCGUCUGCCGUCUUCUUCCUCGACUUGAAGGGCAAGACCCUUCUUGCCCGGAAUUAUAGGGGCGAUAUCCCCAUGUCAGCCGUCGAGAAGUUCCCCAUACUGUUAAGCGAAGCGGAAGAGGAAUCGUCAGCGGUCCCUCCCUGCUUCUCCCACGAAGGCAUCAACUACCUUUACAUCCGACAUAAUAACCUUUAUCUCCUCGCCCUUACCAAACGAAACACAAACGCCGCCGAGAUCCUGCUAUUCCUACACAAGGUUGUCGAAGUCUUUACCGAAUACUUCAAAGUUCUAGAGGAGGAAUCCAUCCGCGACAACUUUGUCAUCAUCUACGAACUUCUCGACGAGAUGAUGGACUUUGGCUACCCCCAGACCACCGAAUCCAAGAUCCUGCAAGAGUACAUUACGCAAGAGUCGCACAAGCUCGAGAUCCAAGCCCGCCCUCCUAUUGCCGUUACCAAUGCAGUAUCCUGGCGUUCCGAAGGUAUCCGAUACCGGAAGAACGAGGUCUUCCUCGACGUCAUCGAGAGUCUCAACCUCUUGGUCUCUUCCAACGGCAGCGUCUUGCGGUCGGAGAUUCUUGGCGCUAUCAAGAUGAAGUGCUACCUCAGCGGCAUGCCCGAGCUAAGGUUAGGUCUUAACGACAAGGUCAUGUUCGAGACUACGGGGCGAACGACCAGAGGGAAGGCCAUCGAGAUGGAAGACGUCAAGUUCCACCAGUGUGUGCGACUCUCACGCUUCGAAAACGACCGCACCAUCUCCUUUAUUCCUCCAGACGGCGAGUUCGAACUCAUGAGUUAUCGUCUAAACACACAGGUCAAACCCUUGAUUUGGGUUGAAUGUGUAGUCGAGUCGCAUAGCGGUUCCCGCAUCGAGUACAUGCUCAAGGCCAGGGCGCAAUUCAAGCGCCGCAGCACCGCAAACAACGUCGAGAUCAUAGUUCCCGUACCAGACGAUGCCGACUCACCCCGCUUCAGAACGAACAUCGGAUCGGUGCACUACGCACCGGAGCAGAGCGCUAUUGUAUGGAAGAUUAAACAAUUUGGUGGUUCCAAGGAGUUCCUCAUGAGGGCGGAGCUAGGCCUACCCUCUGUGAGGGGAGAUGAUGAGCAUGGCGGCGGUAUGACCGGUGGUUUCGGAGGUAGUAUGGGUGGCGUUGGUGGCGGUAAAGGCGCGAAGAGGCCGAUUCAGGUUAAGUUCGAGAUUCCAUAUUUCACGACGAGCGGUAUCCAAGUGCGGUAUCUAAAGAUUACGGAACCCAAGUUACAAUACCCGUCUCUUCCCUGGGUGAGGUACAUUACGCAGUCUGGGGAUAUAGCCGUCAGACUCCCUGAUGCUGUAUGA